CGCCCCACGAGACGAACCGGGGAAACGAGUCGGUUGAGAACUUGAGGCCUCACGACGAGUCGGGGUCGCGACUCCUCUUGGGUCCGCCUCUCUCCAUCUCCCGUUCCCGGCCGUCCCCUCCUCGAGCACCGCCCACCAGUCCAACUCCAAUUCGUCGUCCUCAAGGUCGACGCGCCCAACGCAGCUGCGCAGCGUGGGGAAGCGGGCGGCAAGGAGAAGGAAUUCGAUCGGGGAGGGGAAGCAUGAGCCUGGUCUCCGGCGCCUCUCGCCGUCGAGCUCGAAUCGGAAGAUAAGAAGAAUCUGCGGGGGGAGCCCCCAUAGAAGAUGGCCCCGCCGCAGGAGGAUAAAUCAGACCGCCCCGGCGGCGGCGGCGCUCCGAGGGAGCAGGAGCGGCGGCCGUCCAAGGCAUGGGGAAUCCUUAUUUUCGGCGUCAUCGGCGCCACCACCGCCACUUUCGCGAUUACUCAAGUUCGCAGAAGUGUGGACUGGUUCUACACUCAGCUAAAUAAAAUGCAGACGACAUCAUCUUGGAGAUAUACAAGUAAUAACUCAAGUCGUGGGAGUUUCAGUGAGGAAGCUAAGAAAAGAUAUUAUCAGCGUAUGCAGCAGGAAUACGAGGAGGAACAAGAGAGAGUUCAAAGAAUAAGGCACAUGCAAAGUGUUUUCAACAGAGAGAGGAAUAAAUUUAGGAGAGAUUAUGAAAGUUGGAGGGAGAAUGGCCCACCUGGUGGCUACAAUUAUAUUCCUCGGGAUGAUUGGUAUUGGCAGACUGAUACUUCUCACUCGGAACAUAAAACUAGACGGACUUAUACACCGGCAGGACCUAGGGUUUAUCCUAUGUCACAUCAUUAUGCAGUUCUUGGUCUUGACAGGUCACGAGCGAUACCGUAUACUGAUGCAGAAGUAAAGACUGCUUUUAGAACAAAAGCAAUGGAGGUUCACCCUGAUCAAAAUCAAGAUGACAGAGAGGCUGCAGAAGAGAAGUUCAAGGAGGUUGUCAAGUCUUAUGAAGCAAUUAAACUGGAGAGGAAAAACGGAGUAAAUUGAUGCAAACGUCCAAUAUGAUCUAAGCAUUCGGGGUCCGGGAUGAGUGGAAUCAGUUGUAACUUGCCCUGUAUAACCUGUAUAUGCAAGCUUAUAUGAAAUGGGGUCUACUGUUGUUGUGUGCCUGCAGCGCAAGUUCCAGUUGAUUGUGAUCUUGUGCGGUAGACUAGGAUAGGGGACAAAAGUUGUAUUUUUGUUCAUGUAGCUAGUAACUUGAUGUGCUCACGUGCAUAAAUUCCAUAAACUAGACAAAGGCGAUCAUUUUUGUUGCCACUUUUAGUUGGGAGCAUGUAUUCAGUAUUAUAUACUCCCUUUCUAUUUAGAAAAAAGUUCAAUUUACUCUCUUCAA